AUGCCCAGCACUCCCCCUACGGUUCCUUGCCAGUAUCGGACGGGAAGGACUCUCGGCAGCGGGACUUAUGCCAUUGUGAAGGAAGCAGUCCAUAUCAAGACGGGCGUACGCUAUGCUUGUAAGGUUAUCAACAAGAAGCUCAUGGAGGGGAGAGAGUACAUGGUCCGGAACGAGAUCGCGGUGUUGAAGCGAGUGUCGAAGGGUCACAAGAAUAUAGUCACCUUGCACGACUACUUUGAGACCGCUCACAACCUCUAUCUCUGCUUUGACCUCUGCACAGGAGGGGAGCUCUUCGACCGGAUAUGUGCUAAAGGAAAUUAUUAUGAGGCUGAUGCUGCUUCCUUGAUCAGGACUAUUUUCGGGGCGGUGAAAUAUAUUCAUGGUUGUGGGAUUGUUCACAGAGAUCUCAAACCGGAAAAUCUUUUAUUCAGGACGAAAGAAGAAGACGCAGACAUCAUGAUUGCCGACUUUGGUCUCAGUAGAGUCAUGGAAGAGGAGAAAUUGCAGCUUCUGACGGAGAUCUGCGGUACACCGGGCUACAUGGCCCCCGAAAUUUUCAAGAAAACCGGGCACGGAAAGCCUGUCGACAUCUGGGCAAUGGGCGUUAUCACCUAUUUCCUUCUCUGCGGAUACACACCCUUCGACCGCGAUACCCAACAGCUGGAGAUGGAGGCGAUCGUCGCUGGUGAUUACAAGUUUGAGCCCGAGGAGUACUGGGCGAACGUCUCAGAGACCGCACGAAACUUCGUGUCCGAAUGUCUGACGAUAGAUCCUGUGUCACGGCCCACGGCGGAGGAGAUGCUCGAGCACAAGUGGCUCGCGGACGAGCGCCCGCACUUCGUGCCCGACCCCGAGAGCCCGCACGGUGGCCCGACGGACUUGCUCCCACACAUUCAGAAGCACUUCGACGCCAGGAGGACAUUCCGCAAGGCAGUGUUCUCCAUGAUGGCGAUGAAGAGGAUGUCUUCUCUUGUGCAGAUGUCUCCCACCCAUCAACGGCUCGGCGCCAAUUUACAGCAGUACAUGGAAGAAUCCGAGAAGGAAAUUGUCAACGAGGACCGUUCUGUGCUGCAUUACGGCAGCAGUUCGGAGGCUUCCCUCGCGGAGGACGAUGUGUCCAAGCAGUCCGAGGGCUCGACCCCGCUUGUCAAGGCCAUGAGCAAGGUCUCGAUAGAUGAAGUCGCGAGGUGA